UUACCGCGACCGCGAGCGGCGGGCAGUCACGUGACGCGACGGCUGGGGCUCCCGGCGCGGGGGACGCUGGUGGCCAAGAUGGCGGCGGAGCUGGUGGAGGCCAAAAACAUGGUGAUGAGUUUUAGAGUCUCUGAUCUCCAGAUGCUUCUUGGUUUUGUUGGCCGAAGUAAGAGUGGACUUAAACAUGAACUUGUCACCAGGGCGCUACAGCUUGUCCAGUUUGACUGCAGCCCUGAAGUCUUCAAGAAAAUUAAGGAACUCUAUGAGACUCGAUAUGCCAAGAAGAGCUCUGACCCUGUACAACCCCACCGGCCUUUGGACCCACUCUCCAUACAUUCUUCCUAUGACCGGGGAAGUACUGUCCCCAGGACUUCUAUUUCUACUCCUAACAUUGACUAUCCUGUGCUAUAUGGGAAAUAUCUAAAUGGACUUGGACGAUUACCCUCUAAAGUUGUCAAGCCAGAAGUCCGUCUGGUGAAACUGCCCUUCUUUAACAUCUUGGAUGAAUUGCUGAAGCCAACAGAGUUAGUCCCACAGAAUAGUGAGAAGCUGCAGGAGAGCCCAUGCAUUUUUGCGUUGACGCCGAGACAAGUGGAACUGAUCAGAAACUCCAGGGAGUUGCAGCCUGGAGUAAAAUCAGUUCAAGUGGUACUAAGAAUCUGUUACACAGACACUAGCUGUCCCCAGGAGGAUCAGUACCCUCCUAACAUUGCCGUGAAAGUCAACCACAGCUAUUGCUCAGUCCCGGGCUACUAUCCAUCAAAUAAACCUGGAGUGGAGCCAAAACGGCCUUGUCGUCCCAUUAAUCUCACACACCUCAUGUACCUAUCUUCAGCAACAAACCGAAUCACUGUCACCUGGGGGAAUUAUGGAAAGAGCUACUCAGUGGGUUUAUACUUAGUACGGCAACUGACCUCAUCAGAACUGCUGCAGAGGUUGAAAACUAUUGGAAUUAAACAUCCAGAGCUCUGCAAAGCACUUGUCAAAGAGAAGUUGCGUCUUGAUCCUGACAGUGAAAUUGCUACUACAGGUGUCCGAGUAUCUCUCAUCUGUCCGCUAGUAAAAAUGCGACUCUCCAUGCCUUGCCGGGCUGAGACCUGUGCCCACCUGCAGUGCUUCGAUGCAGUAUUCUACCUCCAGAUGAAUGAGAAGAAACCUACUUGGAUGUGUCCUGUGUGCGACAAGCCAGCCCCCUACGACCAGCUGAUCAUAGAUGGCCUCCUAUCCAAGAUCCUAAGUGAGUGUGAGGAUGCAGACGAGAUCGAAUAUCUGGUGGAUGGUUCCUGGUGUCCUAUCCGAGCUGAGAAGGAGAGGAGCUGCAGCCCCCAGUGCCCAAUCCUUGUCCUUGGGUCUUCUGAUGUGAACGGGCUAUUACCCACCCCCAAUGGGAACAGUGAAAAUGGAAAGCCAACCGCUGAUGUGGUGGACCUCACACUGGACAGCUCAUCCUCAGAAGAGGAAGAAGAAGAAGAGGAGGAAGAAGAAGAAGAUGACGAUGAAGAAGAUGGCCCCCAACCCAAACGCCGCUGCACGUAUGAAAAAGGUCUAGUCUCCGCCUGCUGACUGGGGCCUGGAGCGAGCAUUGUCCUCUGGGGACAGACUUGAAUACUCUGGUGCUUACAAAACUGGGAGGGAGGCAGGUUGGUUGGGGUGAGGGGUGUGGAGGGAGGAGGGAUUUUUCCCCACCCCCUUACCACAUUCUUCCUCUUCAGUUUCUUUGGACUUUACUAUACAAAGCUAACGAUUUAAAAGCAAGCAAACAAAACACACACACACACACACACACACACCACACAAAGCAACAAAAUUGAGCUGCUUCCCAGUUGGAAAAAAAAAAAAAAGACAAAUUUGAGCCUGGAGGAAGGAGUGGGGCACCCAGGCUGGUUUAGCGGGUCCCAUUGAGUCCACCUUGCAGUCAGCAUGGGAGGCAGUUGCCCAGGAAGAGACUCCCAGCCCUGGUCAGCCAUCCCUCUGCCUCUGUUCCCCCCUCCCCCCCAUCCCAACUGACCAUGUCUCCAUUCCAGGCCAUCUCCAAAGUUCCAUGCAUUUCUCUCUUGUUGAAUAACCAUUCCUGACUGUC